AUGACCAAGCGUUUUGCCGAACGAGUUACUUAUGGUCGUAUACGGGGCAUGAAGCCGAAAGGAGCAAAAUAUUCUGAUAUGAAUGAUCCUAGCUGUUUAGAUGAAUUCUGGCUACGAUUUUAUCUUACGGACGCUGUGAACAGGGGUAGUAACAUUAUGCGAGCAAUUCUUUCCCAAAUGCAUUCAUUCCAAAAUGCACCUAAUACGAUUCAAAUUUUUUUAAAUGAAGCUACAACAUUCAAAAAACCUCGUGUGGUUUUGAAAUUCUUUCUUUUUAAACAACAGUCUCUAAAAGACGACCAAACUUUCAGGACUCCACAGCCACCGACGAUGCUCAAUUUAUUACUGCCUCCGGUAAGCGAUGCAAUCCCAGCACGUCAAUAA